GGGCCAACAGCCCAAUUUCCAUCACAAACCAGCAGAAUAUCCAGCCCAAUCACCCCUCGCCCAUUACCAAAUCCCUUCCCAUAUUCUGGAUUCUGAGCAGGAUUCUGUAUAUUCGUUGUCUGCGCGCGGCCGAUCUCUUUCCACCGCAAAUGGCCGCCGCCACCACCACUAGACGACUGAGAGCGUUCAAGCGGUGGAUGAGGUCACAAGGCAUCGACCACAGCGACGCGCUCCGCCUCAUAGACCACCACCGAGCAAAUCAACAACAAGGAAUAUCAGUAAUGACCGUAUGCGAGCUGCACGAAGGCGACCUGGUGGCGACGAUACCCAAGGCGUCGUGCCUCACGAUCAAGACCUCACGUGCUCGGCCCGUGAUCGAAUCCGCCGGUCUCGAGGGUUACUUGGGGCUCUCGGUAGCUCUCAUGUACGAGAAGAGCUUGGGACAAAGCUCGCCUUGGUUUGGGUAUCUUCAGCUGUUGCCCGAGUCUGAGCCUAUACCGCUGAACUGGACUUUGGAGGAAGUUGAAUCUCUUCUGUCAGGCACUGAACUUCAUAAGAUACUUAAAGAAGACAUGUCUCUUGUCUACGAGGACUGGAAAGAGUGUAUUCUGCCCCUUUUGGCAUCAGAUUCUUUCGAGCUUAAUCCAGAUUUCUUUGGCGUUGAACAGUACUUUGCAGCAAAAAGUCUUAUUGCUUCUCGCUCUUUUGAAAUAGAUGAUUACCACGGAUUUGGGAUGGUUCCAUUGGCUGAUCUAUUCAAUCACAAAACAGGAGCUGAGGAUGUGCACUUCACUUCUAUAUCUUCUCAUCUUAUACCUGAGAGUGAUGAGGAAGACAACCUCAAAAAUGAUGUUUAUGAGUAUGUCGGUAAUACUGAAGACAAUCUCGUAAGUGAGGAGUAUGAAAAUUCUGGUUCUGGUGAACAAUCAACGCUCAAUUUCCUAUCAACAGAAGGUUCAUCUAGUGUUCCCUCUGCUUUUGGAGAUGAUCCUGCAGUUCUGGAAAUGAUCAUGGUGAAAGAUGUCAAAAGUGGGACUGAGGUUUUCAAUACAUAUGGAUAUGUAGGCAAUGCUGCACUGUUACAUAGGUAUGGAUUUACGGAGGCAAAUAAUCCGUAUGAUAUUGUCAAUAUAGAUUUAGAACUUGUAGUGCAAUGGAGUUCAUCUUUGUUUUCGGGCCGCCACAGUAGAAUGAGGUUGUCAUUGUGGAGACGACUAGAUUACGGUGGGUGUGUCAGCCAGAACUCUGAAUAUUUUGAAAUCUUAUUGAAUGGGGAACCCCAAGUUGAGCUCCUGAUUUUGCUUUAUAUUAUGUUGUUACCAGAGGAACCAUAUCGUCAACUGGAUCUCACAGUAUCAACUGCUGGGAGUUUAAACAAAUCUCUAAGCCUUAUUUUACCAGGACAUGGCAAUAUUGAAACAGAAGAAGUUCCAGAAACAAUCAAGGAUUUACUACUGACAAAAAGUGUCCGUAAAGCCCUUCUGACUAUUGCUAAUAUCCGGGAUAGCUUUUAUGGUUCAAAUUCCUUCGAAGAUGAUAUUGAGGCAUUGAAGAGGUCAUGCCCCCUUAGAGAGAGGAAGUUGUACCAUUCCUUAAUGCUGCGUACAAGUGAGAGAAGGAUCCUCCAAAAGCUCCAAGCUUAUGCUGCUGCUGCGGGUGCUCAAUUAUCUGGAGCUGUUGUGAGGAAGAAGUUGAAAAGAACCUAAUAUCUAGCAUCUCAACGACCUAAAACUGUUGUGAGGAAGAAGUUGAAAAGAACGUAACAUGCAUCAUUUCAAGGGAUCUGUUCUUUCAUUCUCUUCUUUGCUCUUCUGGUGCUCAGAACUGCAACAACAAAUGGAUGUGCAUCUACUAACCUCACAUUUCCAUUAAAGGAAGGUAAGCAAAAAAUGGCUGCAGGAUGUUUCAGUUGAGGAAGUAUUUACAUUCUCUGUGGCAAUCGGCAACUGGUGUUAAGUUGGGUGGUAAAAUGUCCUAUCAGCAGUUCAUUGCCAAUGAUUCUACGUGAUGGGAUAUCACUGAUGGGAGAUACUAUGAUAUUAUUGUGUUCGAUUGUUUUUUAGUUCUUCUGGGUUUUUUUUUGGGACCUUCCAGUAUUUGCGGUAAUCAAAACUUGUGUUUGUAAUUUAUCUUCGUUUGCUUUCAAUCCAAGGACUGAUUCAAGUUAA